CGUCUUAGGAGGAGUCGCCGCCGCCACCUCCGCCAUGGAGCUGAUCACCAUCCUCGAGAAGACCGUGUCUCCCGAUCGGCUGGAGCUGGAAGCGGCCCAGAAGUUCCUGGAGCGUGGGGCCGUGGAGAACCUGCCCACUUUCCUUGUGGAACUGUCCAGAGUGCUGGCAAAUCGGACACAGGUUGCCAGAGUUGCAGCUGGUCUACAAAUCAAGAACUCUUUGACAUCUAAAGAUCCAGAUAUCAAGGCACAAUAUCAGCAGAGGUGGCUUGCUAUUGAUGCUAAUGCUCGACGAGAAGUCAAGAACUAUGUUUUGCAGACAUUGGGCACAGAAACUUACCGGCCUAGUUCUGCCUCACAGUGUGUGGCUGGUAUUGCUUGUGCAGAGAUCCCAGUAAACCAGUGGCCAGAACUCAUUCUUCAGCUGGUGGCCAAUGUCAAAAACCCCAACAGCACAGAGCACAUGAAGGAGUCGACAUUAGAAGCCAUCGGUUAUAUUUGCCAAGAUAUAGACCCAGAGCAGCUACAAGAUAAAUCCAAUGAGAUUCUGACUGCCAUAAUCCAGGGGAUGAGGAAAGAAGAGCCUAGUAAUAAUGUGAAGCUAGCUGCUACUAAUGCACUCCUGAACUCAUUGGAGUUCACCAAAGCAAACUUUGAUAAAGAGUCUGAAAGGCACUUUAUUAUGCAGGUGGUCUGUGAAGCCACACAGUGUCCAGAUACGAGGAGGGUACGAGUGGCUGCUUUACAGAAUCUGGUGAAGAUAAUGUCCUUAUAUUAUCAGUACAUGGAGACAUAUAUGGGUCCUGCUCUUUUUGCAAUCACAAUCGAAGCAAUGAAAAGUGACAUUGAUGAGGUGGCUCUACAAGGGAUAGAAUUCUGGUCCAAUGUCUGUGAUGAGGAAAUGGAUUUGGCAGCAGAACAAGGACGGCCCCCUGAGCACACCAGCAAGUUUUAUGCCAAGGGAGCACUACAGUAUCUGGUUCCAAUCCUCACACAGACACUAACUAAACAGGAUGAAAAUGAUGAUGACGAUGACUGGAACCCCUGCAAAGCAGCAGGGGUGUGCCUCAUGCUUCUGGCCACCUGCUGUGAAGAUGACAUUGUCCCACAUGUCCUCCCCUUCAUUAAAGAACACAUCAAGAACCCAGACUGGUGGUACUGGGAUGCAGCAGUGAUGGCUUUUGGUUGUAUCUUGGAACGACCAGAGCCCAGUUAGCUCAAACCACUAGUUAUACAGGCUAUGCCCACCCUAAUAGAAUUAAUGAAAGACCCCAGUGUAGUUGUUCGAGAUACAGCUGCAUGGACUGUAGGCAGAAUUUGUGAGCUGCUUCCUGAAGCUGCCAUCAAUGAUGUCUACUUGGCUCUCCUGCUACAGUGUCUGAUUGAGGGUCUCCGUGCUGAACCCAGAGUGGCUUCAAAUGUGUGCUGGGCUUUCUCCAGUCUGGCUGAAGCUGCUUAUGAAGCUGCAGACAUUGCUGAUGAUCAGGAAGAACCAGCUACUUACUGCUUGUCUUCUUCAUUUGAACUUAUAGUUCAGAAGCUCCUAGAGACUACAGACAGACCUGAUGGACAUCAGAACAACCUGAGGAGUUCUGCAUAUGAAUCUCUGAUGGAAAUUGUGAAAAACAGUGCCAAGGAUUGUUAUCCUGCUGUCCAGAAAACGACUUUGGUCAUCAUGGAACGACUGCAACAGGUUCUUCAGAUGGAGUCACAUAUCCAGAGCACAUCCGAUAGAAUCCAGUUCAAUGACCUUCAGUCUUUACUCUGUGCAACUCUUCAGAAUGUUCUUCGGAAAGUGCAACAUCAAGAUGCUUUGCAGAUCUCUGAUGUGGUUAUGGCCUCCCUGUUAAGGAUGUUCCAAAGCACAGCUGGGUCUGGGGGAGUACAAGAAGAUGCCCUGAUGGCAGUUAGCACACUGGUGGAAGUGUUGGGUGGUGAAUUCCUCAAGUACAUGGAGGCCUUUAAACCCUUCCUGGGCAUUGGAUUAAGAAAUUAUGCUCAGUACCAGGUUUGUUUGGCAGCUGUGGGCUUAGUGGGAGACUUGUGCCGUGCCCUGCAAUCCAACAUCAUACCUUUCUGUGACGAGGUGAUGCAGCUGCUUCUGGAAAAUUUGGGGAAUGAGAACGUCCACAGGUCUGUGAAGCCGCAGAUUCUGUCAGUGUUUGGUGAUAUUGCCCUUGCUAUUGGUGGAGAGUUUAAAAAAUACUUAGAGGUUGUAUUGAAUACUCUUCAGCAGGCCUCCCAAGCCCAGGUGGACAAGUCAGACUAUGACAUCAUGGAUUAUCUGAAUGAGCUAAGGGAAAGCUGCUUGGAAGCCUAUACCGGAAUCGUCCAGGGAUUAAAGGGGGAUCGGGAGAACGUACACCCGGAUGUGAUGCUGGUACAACCCAGAGUAGAAUUUAUCUCUUUCGUUGACCACAUUGCUGGAGAUGAGGAUCAUACAGAUGGAGUAGUAGCUUGUGCUGCUGGACUAAUAGGGGACUUAUGUACAGCAUUUGGGAAGGAUGUACUGAAAUUAGUAGAAGCUAGGCCAAUGAUCCAUGAAUUGUUAACUGAAGGGCGGAGAUCGAAGACUAACAAAGCAAAAACCCUUGCUACAUGGGCAACAAAAGAACUGAGGAAACUGAAGAACCAAGCUUGAUCUGUUACCAUUGGGAUGAUAACCUGAGGACCCCCACUGGAAAUCUCCAAUCUUUUGAAAAACCUGGAAGUGAGGAGUGUGCAUGGAUGCUGAAUGUUUGGGAAUGAGAGGAUGAGUGAGUGAGUGAGGCUUGAAAACACACCACAUUGAAAAUCCUGCCACAGCAGCAGCCGCAGCCGCCAACAGCAGCGCUGUUAGUGAGCUAAGUAAGCACUGACUUCGUAGAAAACCAUAACAUCGGCCAUCUUGGAAAAGAGAAAAACAAUGGAG